AUGGGAGAAUCGAAUACACCCCUAGUUGAUGGGCUCUUUCCUAUCUGUACCAAGGAUGUAUUCGAUGCAUAUCAUGAUCCCAGUGUGCAUAUUUUCUUGUCCAUUGUGUUUGGUAUAUUUGGAUUAGUGUUUCUUUAUUACGCCAUUGCGCGUCGACCCAGAUUUGAGUACUUUUUGUUAUUCGCCGUGUGCGCAUUACAGGUUGGUGCUUUUAUACUUCGCAUCUAUUCAGACAUCACAGAUGCAUUCAUUGCAUUGAUGGUGUACUCUGCUGCCAUUGCUGUAGCAGUUGGCGUGAUGUACAGCAUGCUGGUUCGAUGGACCUGGAUUGCAGACAGGUACUAUGGCAAGCGGGUGUUUGACCGCGGCUAUGGUAAUAACGUGGUGAUCGGAGUUGUCUCUGUGGUUCUUGCUGGCUUGCUUGUUGCCGGUAUCUGGGUCGCAUCGACCAUUUGGGUGGUUUACCUAGCGCUCAUCCUAGUCAUGUGGCUUACAUCGAACGUAUACUUGGGCAUCCACCGACGAAUGAAACCAUCGAUGGAAGAGCGCGCUAUUGUGAUGAGCACAAUGGAAUCAAGGCUCGGAUAUGCACCUCUUGUGACAAGCCAUAAGCAGUUGGACAAUAUGCUUGUGUUUAUGAUCGUGUUGCUCACAGUUGAACUUGUCAAGACCAUUUUUCUUACCGUUUGUUUUGUACUCAUUCCUUUGUUCUUCAUCACGCCGCUGUACUACAUUUUUUCGAUCAUUCCAGACUUGGCUUAUGUCGUCCUGCUGGCCAAUAGUGAGACGAUGCCACUAUUUGAGCACGGUAGGCACGUUCCAGAAGUUCGUGCAGAGGUCUUCAGCCAAACGCAACAUUCCCAACCCCUCGAUUCGGCCAUGGUGCAGUCAUACCCAACGGGAUCCGUACCCCAAUCACAUUUUAGAACAUCAGAACCCAUGUCGGUGACAGUAAUUCCACAGUAA